AAUCACCGUCAAUCACAAGAAUCUGUUUGUUGAAUAACAUUAGAAUAGAAUUGAUCUAGAUAGUUACAAUUAGUGCGAUGAAAACGAGUAUUCUUUCAGUACCCCGGAAGAAAACAGAAGAGGUUUCAUGGAUAAAACCAUUGAACAACUAUCUCCUUUCAAUUUAUGGUAACACUUCUGAAUAUCAAGAUGAUUUGGCAAUCUUAAAUAAAACAAGAGAGGAUUUACGAGGAGUAUCGGCCGAGAAUUCUGGCGUACAAUUGUAUUACAGAUACUACAGUCAACUAGAGCUACUUGAUUUGAGGGUUGCAUUUGCAAGUAUGAAUAAGCAUAAGAAGGUUUGCUUUGAGUGGUUCGAUGCAUUCCAACCAUCUGUAAGCUACAAGCAAUAUGCUCUCCCAUUUGAAAAGGCAGGAAUUUUGUUCAAUUUAGGGGCGAUUCUUCUGGAGGCUGCUACCAAGAAAUACCGCGAGAGUGAAAAUGGAGCUGAUAAAGAUGAUUUGUUGAAAGAUUCACUUUUGUAUCUUCAACAAGCUGCCGGAGUUUACCAAUUCCUUAGUGAAAACUUUUUACAUGCCCCAUCUAAUGAUUUAGGUCAGCCCACUGUGAAAUAUUUGGUUCAAUUGAUGUUGGCACAGGCCCUGGAAGUGUUUGCAUUGAAGGUUAUAAGUGGAGACUUAGAUCAACUGAAAAAUUCUUUGAUAUCGAAAUUAUGUAAAGGAUGUUCGAUACAUUAUGAAGAGUGUGUGAAACUCAUCAAGCAAGGAAAUGGAGGCAGUGGUAAGGUUCUGGGAGAUCCACAUGAGUUUUUGGAUGAUGAUUAUGAUUUAGAUGCAAAGAGUGACGAGAAUGAUGACGGAGAAAUUGAUGGAGAUGAUGGUGCUUUACUUGAUGAAGACACAGUCAAGAUUGCACAAUUGGAUCCAUCAUGGCCAUCAAUGAUGAAGUUCAAACAAUUGUAUUAUUUGUCAUUGGCUUAUUAUUUCCAAGGACUUCAAUUGGAAUCUACCAAGAAGUAUGGACAAUCAAUUGCUCAUUUGCAAAAAUCGGUGGAAAUUCUUGAAGAGAUUUCUCAAGAUACACUUCGUACCAUAUCUCGUGGUAAGGCUGGCUCCGUGUAUGAUUUAUUGGAUAAUUAUAAAUAUCAAAAGGAUGCAGUUGCCAUUAAAUUAUCAGAGUUGGAACGUGAUAAUGAUUAUAUUUAUAAUGAGAUCAUCCCACUGAAGACAUCAUUACCUGAAAUUAAAGCGAUGGAUGCAGUCAAGGUCAUCCCUAUUACAUCCAACGCUACAUUUAACCUGGUUAAUGAACACAAUUAUAAUAAUUUCUUUACGAAUGUUGUACCUGUCAAUAUUCAUGAAUUAAUGAGUUUCUAUUCUGAAGAAAAAUCUCAAUUUUUAAGAAAUGAAAUUGACCAAAAUGAUGUUGCUAAUGAAGAACUUAGUUCCGUAUUGGAAUGGCUCAAAAUGCCCAAAAGUUUAGUAAGCUUGAAAGAAGUAAUUAAUGGCGGUAAUUUUGGAUCAACUGAAUCCGGAGAAUCUUCCAAGGUUUCUAGUACUACUCUCUCGAAGGCGAAGGAAAUUGCUGAUUCUUUCAAUAAAGACAAUUCCAAUAAGCAACAAAUCAAAGAAUUAAGAGAUCAAAUAUUUUCUAUUAUUCAAGGCAGUACUGGGGGAAGUCAAGAUAUUAUUCAAUUGAAAACAAGUUUUAUUGAAGCCAGUAAUAGAGAUAAGAAUUUGUACAAUCUUGUACAAGAGAAUUUUGAUUUGUAUACUGUAUUGGGCAAAGGAAUCAAUUCAGCAGAAUUUAAGGGAUUGUUUGAAGUAAAACAAGAAAAGAAACCGAAUGAAAUGAGUUUGUUGGAUAUUGAUGAUUUCAAGGAAUCGUCAGAAGAAUCACUUAAUCGUAGAAUUAAGCUGAUUGAGGAUAUACUUCAUGAUUUGAAUAUUGUGAGAUCUGAUAGAGGUAAGUUAAUCGAGUCAUUGAAAAAGCAAAUUCAUCUGGAUGAUAUUUCUGAUAUUUUGAUCCUAAACACUAGGGUUAAGACUACUAAUGAGAUUAAAAAUAUAAUCUUCCCAGAGGAGAUGAAAAAGUUUAGAAGAUAUUCUACAGAUCUUGAUAAGCUAGUCAAGCAACAAAAGGAAUUUCUGGCAAGAUUAGAGACGGAAUGGAAGGUUUUAUCACAAGAUCCACAAGUUAGGGAAGUCCAAUCUUCAAAACGAUUCAAGGAUGAGCUUUUAAGAAGUCAAGAAGCGAAAAUUGAUCAAUUGUAUGACGGCUGGAAAAGAUAUACUGUUGGAUUAAGUAAGGGAGUAGAGUUUUAUCGAUCAUUGCUUCAAUUUGGAGAGAAUACAAAGAAAGAGAAGGAGGAUGCUAAUGCAUUAGUUGGAGGUUUGGCGGGAUUAGAAGUCAAUUCUCAUCCAAAGUAUGGCCAUGCUGUACAAACCCCGCAAUCUUCACAUGGUUCAAUUCUUCAGCAAAAUUCUUAUGGAUCGAUUCCACAACAAAAUUCUUAUUCAUCAAUUCCACAACAACACUCAUAUGGGACCAUUCCUCCACAACAAUCUUAUGGAUCACAAUCUCGUAUAUCUAAUCCACAGCAACAGUCAUACGGUCAGCCUACUCAUUCAUAUGGCGGUGCAACCAUAUUCCCAACGUCAAAUACAAAUCAACCCCCACAAUUGCCUCCACAAUUGCCGCCAAAAAUGCCCUCAUUUGGAAUCCAGGGUGGUCAAUAUGGACAGAAUGCACAAUAUUCAACUCCACAAAGUAUUCCACAUGUUAGUCAAGCACCCCAAGUUCAACAAAAUUUUCCUGAGAAGACUGGUCAAACUAGCAAGCCCCAGCUGGAUCUCAUUUAUGAUCAACCUUCAACGUACCAGCCUAACAUGUAUAACUUCUUCUCCAACAAUUAGUAUGCACACCUUAGAAUUCGAGCGAAACUGUCCUAACUCGCACAAAUUGGGAAAUAC